UUCCCACCAAGCAGAACAAGUCAGGCAAAACAGAAAUUCGGCUACAUGCAAAUCCUGCCGGUGCAUCCUCACAGCCUCCACACUCCCUUCCCCCUGAUCCUGAUUCCAGUACAAACACAGCAGCACAUGCCAAAGAGCUAUGGCAAUGAUCUCAGGCUUGUGGGAGCCAUGCUGGUGAAUCGUGGCUUGGGGCCUGACUAAUAUUAGCUAGAGAGGUGUUGCCUGAGGGCUCUACCUGGGCAUAGACUCCACCCCACUGACAGCUACACAGAGCGAGACAGACAUACAGGACUGAUCAGAUACAAAACCUGUAGUCCUCACACGCACUUCAACACCGUCCACGCCAUCGUCCGAGGCCUAGGACCACUUCACGCAGUCCGGAAGGUUCACUCUGUGACCACCGUCAGACAGCAGGACUGAUAUCUCAACAGAGUCAACAUGGAAACCCGUCAAGAGAGAAAACCGAAGAAGCCACAUUACAUUCCCCGUCCUCCUGGCAAGCCCUUCAAAUACCAGUGCUUCCAAUGUCCCUUCACCUGCAACAUCAAGUCCCAUCUCUUUAAUCACAUGAAGUACAACCUGUGCAAGAACUCCAUCUCUCUGGUGUCUCAGCGUGGGGAGCAGACAGGGAGAGCAUCCAGAGCUCCACAGCGCAGCACUUCCUCCAAUCAAGUACAUCCAGAACCCUCAAUGCCUGCUAAACCCAGUCCAAUCAGACCAGACCACCCUAACAGCAAAAUAAGAAUUGUGGAAAAGCUGGAGGAGUUGGCAGUCCAAAAGGUGGAGGGGGGAGACGAUAGGGAAGGAAAUCAAAGUCCUGUGAAAAAAGUUACAGAAAAUUCUUCUGAGCUGAUCAGCAUUGAAAGCAGGGACCCAGGAACCGUUGAGACUAUGAUAAAGUGCGCUUCAUCGUCUGCCUUUUCUCCUGUUCAACGGAAAUGUGAAAAUGAGGCUCGGCCUCCACGUAAAGCAGAUCAACCCUCUUCGCACAUCCCUGUUUGCCCUUCUUUCCACCCUGGGCCAACCUGGGGUCAGAGAGCCACUUCUGCACCUCUCAAACCCCCUGCAGAUUACCCACCGUACGUGCUCCCCGAAAGAACCACACAUGCCUUUUACCAAACCUACAUGCAGAAUCAAAGCAUCCCACCAGCCUACUGUCUGAGCCUUCAAGAGCACAACAGACCCCUUGUGCCAGCACCUCUAAUCCCACCCAAUCACCCUUCUCUCCUUCAACCAUACACCUACAGAUACAGCCACCCCUUUUUCCAAGUUCCACCCUUACCUUACGGUGUUUAUCCUCCUGAACACACGCCGUCCUUACAGGGCCCGAGGUACAUCCCCAUGGAGAUGUUCUCCCACGGCUUUGAGUCCAGGGACUAUGGAAGGUACGCCUACCUCCAGCCAGGCUCCUACAGCAGGCCAUCAGAAGCAAGAGGGAACCAACAGCAUGGAGGUGACAGGGCCACCCGCCAGAGCCCGAUGGCUGGCUGUGCCGCAUCAGGGUCUCCAGACAGGCCAAGCGUUGUAGAUAUGACCCAGCAGCAUUCCAUCAACCCACAGCACUCUGCUCAUCGUGAGCCACAGCCUACCUGCCAAUCAGACUGCACCACUCCGGGAAGGGGGGCAAUGACAGAACCAGAGAGAUUACUGAUUAAUCUGUGUGUGAAACAGCAAGAGGGCAGUACACAAAAGCAAAGAAGAGAUAUUGUGGAAAGUACUCCCAGUUCUAUGCGAUGCUCUGGCUUUUUAUCAGAGGAAGGUGAAGAUGAAGACAGUGAUGACGCAGCAGCUCCACUCAAUCUGUCAAAGAGGGACCAGAACAGAUCUGUCCACACAGCUGACCACAUAUAUAAUGAAGAGAUCAACUCAGAGUCAGAAAGCAAUGAUGAAGAUGCCCCUCUAGACCUCUGUCUCCGUGCCCAGUCCAAUAACCAGCUCCAGACAGGUUCUACCAUGAGAUCAGAGGAGGUCCCUGAACAAGUCUGUGUCAGACAAGUUCAGUCAACUCCAUCCGAGCAAGAGCAGUGUGACCGCAGACACUCUGCAGCGUUUGCCCUCUGCCAGCUGGCCAGCUCCAGCAACAUCGAUACCACUGAACAUCCUUCAGAACCACACAAGGACACUCAAAGUCCAAGCCACCAGCAAUGUCCUGUCCCAGACGAGGCUCCUAAUGGGGACACCCCUGGCACAGGCAAGUCUGAGCAGAACACUGCAGCCCAGGGGAAGAAACGAGCAAGUGAUGAGGCCACAAAAACAACCAGCAAGAGAGUGAGGGUGAACGAACCAGUCCGGGACAAGAGGAGGAGAACCCAGAACUGCUGAUUGACAUUCAAAGAGGGAAGUUUCAGGGGCCGCCAAUUUCAUAUGCGAGCUUGAGAGCUGGUGAACGUUGCAGCGCAAUCACAGACUUUCCUUUAAUAUGUAUAUUUUGUAUAUAGCUUUUCUUACAUGCAGCAUCCUCCAAUAAGUCACACUUCAGAGUGCAAGUUUAAACUGACGUCGUACUAUUAUGAUGUAUGUUCAAACAUUUAAUUUUUGCACAAUAAUUAAAGUGUUUGUAAAAUAUA